AUGGUUCCCGAGGUAAGGGUCCUCUCCUCCUUGCUGGGACUCGCGCUGCUCUGGUUCCCCUUGGACUCCCACGCACGAGCCCGCCCAGACAUGUUCUGCCUUUUCCACGGGAAGAGGUAUUCCCCUGGUGAGAGCUGGCACCCCUACCUGGAGCCCCAGGGCCUGAUGUACUGCCUGCGCUGUACUUGCUCCGAGAGUGCCCAUGUGAGCUGCUACCGCCUCCACUGCCCGCCUGUCCACUGCCCCCAGCCUGUGACCGAGCCACAGCAGUGCUGUCCCCGGUGUGUGGAACCUCACACCCCCUCUGGGCUCCGGGCCCCGCCAAGGUCCUGCCAGCACAACGGGACCACGUACCAACAUGGAGAGAUCUUCAGUGCCCACGAGCUGCUCCCUUCCCGCCUGCCCAACCAGUGUGUCCUCUGCAGCUGUACCGAGGGCCAGAUCUACUGCGGCCUCAUGACCUGCCCAGACCCGGGCUGCCCUGCACCCCUCCUGCUGCCCGCCUCCUGCUGCCAGGCCUGCAAAGAUGGGUCAAGUGAGAAAUCAGCUGAAGAGGAUGCCACGCAGUCACCCCGUGGGGUGAGACAUUCCCAGGAUCCGUGUUCAGGGGACGGUGGGAGAAAGAGAGACCCGAGCACCCCAAGCCCCACUGGCCCCAGCGCCCCCCUGGGCUUCCUCCCUCGCCACUUCCGACCGAAGGAGGCAGGCAGCACGACAGUCAAGAUUGUUCUGAAGGAGAAACAUAAGAAAGCCUGUGUGCAUGGCGGGAAGACAUACUCCCAUGGGGAGGUGUGGCACCCAGCCUUCCGCUCCUUCGGACCCCUGCCCUGCAUCCUGUGCACCUGUCAGGACGGCCGCCAGGACUGCCAGCGGGUGACCUGCCCCACUGAGUACCCCUGCCGUCAGCCCAAGAAAGUGGCUGGGAAGUGCUGCAAGAUUUGUCCAGAGGACAAGGCAGACCCUGGCCACAGUGAGAUCAGUGCCACCAAGUGUCCGAAGGCGCCGGGCCGGGUCCUCGUCCACACGUCAGUAUCCCCAAGCCCGGACAACCUGCGUCGCUUUGCCCUCGAGCGUGAGGCUUCUGAACAGGUGGAGAUCUACCUCUGGAAGCUGGUAAAAGAUGAGGAAACUGAGGCUCAGAGAGGUGAAGUACCUGGCCCAAGGCCACACAGCCAGAAUCUUCCACUUGAUUCAGAUCAAGAAAGUCAGGAAGCAAGACUUCCAGAAAGAGGCACAGAACUUCCGGUUGCUCACUGGCACCCACAAAGGUCACUGGAACGUCUUCCUAGCCCAGACCCCGGAGCUGAAGGUCACGGCCAGUCCAGACAAAGUGACCAAGACCUUAUAGCAAAAACCUGA